AUGCGUUGGCAGUACUUUGCAGGUCUCCAUGAAUCAGAAGCUGGUGGCACCAGGAAGAGUCAUCAGGUAAUCUCUGCAUAUAAGAACAAACCACAAGGCCCUCGAGUGCAUCCAAGCAAAUGCAUCCUCAUUAAAGGUAUGUCUGGGUCUGAUUUUGACGCCCGAAGGACAUGACACACUAUAUCAUACCCAUUUUAAAGGAGGACAAGAACAUCACCGUCCUAGAGGCCUUCAGUAUGGUCCACAUAAAACAUUCAAAAUACGGGUCAAACUAACCAAGGCUGCUAAAAACUGCCCUCUAGAAUGAGGAACAAGAGUAGCUACUGCUACGUGGAAAAUCCGCGCCCGAAAGGCCCAUUCAACAAUUUUCGUUCAGUGGGAUUCUUCACCAGGGAAGGGGGGCGGGAAAAAUAGACAGAACUUAAAGCGAAACCCCAGAGGAGGUCCAUUCUGAGCAAGAGCAAUCUCGAAAUACUAAAUGAAGAAAUUGCACGUAGUUGUUGUGAAAUUUAAUUUCGUUUUGUUUUACUCCGUUACAAUACGCUUGUUAAAGAACUUGACACAACUUUGGAUGAGACAUAGAACAGGCGCAUGCAUUUUUACCUGCAAACGACUUCGUUCUUAUUUACUCGUUCGCAACUGUUGGGAUACUGCUAUCUUCGUUUCCUGGAUAGCCUACUCACUGCGUCCAACUAAUAGGUUUAUCACCAACAUAGGCAUAAGUCACUUCUCUGGAGAAAACUAUAACCUUCACAGCUUAGGCGUGAUGACCGGCAUUCCCUCUCUAUCUGCACCGGCAGACAUUUGUAUUAAAUCCUACAAAAUGAGUAGGUAUUAGUGUACCGGAACUAGUUGGACCGAACUGACCUUUGCAUGUACCAGUGCGCAAAGUCUUGUUCGAAAAUCGACAACUUCAGUGUGCUAUUUUCAGAAAGACAUCCUGAUACCAUUGCCAUAACCGACACGUGGUUCAAAACCGGUAUCUGGAAUUCUGAGUUUUUGAUACAAGAAUACUAACUAAUUCGCCCAGACUGUCAGAAUAGGCGGACUGCUGAGUUAGUUGUAUGUGUGAGAUCCUGGGUCCUGGUAUUUGAGUAGGCGCAUAAUCCACAUCUAGAAUAUAAAGCGCAUUGGAUAAAGAUAAAGAAAUGUGAUUCGUAAGAGCUAGGCAGAUUAUAGGCCACUAGACCGGCCGGGAGAACUCACGAGUCACUUCUCCGAUUGGUUAAGGAGCUGGCUAGCCAUCAAUAGAUUACCAUUGGCACAGACGUUAAAGUAUCCGCAAUAAACUGGUGUAAUUUGGUGGUUAGUGGCAUGUCUAGUUCUUCCAGCUACAAGCUAACGUAUAUCAUACUCGGUCUCCCUCCUGCACAGAAUGUAGGGGAACCAAUGAAACCUUUAGGGAACCAGGGGAUAAGUUGUUUAAAUCUAUUAUUUACUAAAGACUUCUCUAACACUGACGAAGUGUAUUUCAACGCGACUCUCGGGAAGAGUGACUAUAGUACGCUCCUUUGGGAUUACCAAUUCUAUUCUCAGCAUAAACAGGGAACAGAAGGAAUGACAAAUUUAUGGCACCCUGAAUUCAAAAUGAUAAGGGAGGACCUAAUGUUCUUGAAGCUGGACUAUUUGUUCAUGGGGGAUCUGGCGGAAGGCUACAGAUAGUUUAAAACGAUUUCGGUGGGUCUAAUUCGGUGCUGCUGUUUGGUGAAGAUGACAAGACGACUUCUCGUCUGGUAUGUUUAACAAGAGAUUUUGUCAGAGAGUUAAAGAAAGACGGUCCACAGUGACACCUUGAGGAAAUUUCAUCGUCAAUAAGAUUCUGUCAAAACACUACCAGUCCAGAAUUGUUUGCCAGGUUAGAGAAAAGCCUAGAUUUUAUUACAUUAUACUCAUACUCACAUAAAAAACAAGGACCCAGUGGCAAUACUUAGGGAUAAAAAUGACAUAGAAUUCACUGAAAAUAGCGAGAAAUCGGAACUCUCGGGCCUAUUCUUUCCUUCAGUACUAAGCAUUAAGGAAACUAAAUUUCACUUUCAAAAUAUCAGCAGUCCUGUUGUAAACGCCGGUGGAGUGCUUAUAGUUAUAUCCUUUCCAGUAACUGUCAUGAAAUUACAGCAGUAUAGCCCAAAUGAAUUUAAGAUAUCAGGUACGGAUAAUAUACCGACGAAGUUCCUAAACGAAUUGGCAAGCGAACUCUCCCGUCCACUGGCGCAUAUCUUCCAUUUGUAAUUUAAUUUGGGCAGGCUGCCAUCUUAAGUCAGUUUAUUAAGGGAAUGAGGCUUUCGUCCCUGAGUGGAAAACCUCAGGUAUCUUCCUGAUAUAUAAAGGUGGAACUAAAACCAAUGUCAAGAAUUAUCGUCCCGUCAGUCUAACAUGUUUCUGUCGAAAAGUAAUGAAAAUCAUGUUUAAGUAUGGUUAAGAAGUCAAUAAUGAAGUCCUUAAAGGCGAACCACUUAUACUUAAACGCCGUACCAGAAGGAUCAGCCAGGAAAGUCCUUCUCUCCGCCGUCCUCUCGACGACUUUUCCUUUCAUUUGCUAAUUAGCAGAACAACUUAGACAUUUCAAGGACCUCCUCACCUAAACUCUCAUCAGAGUAUUUAAAAGCAUCCAAACAAGCGGCAUAGGUGCUAUUCGAUCUGAGACGAACAUUCAUCGAAAUUGAUGGGAAACUGUUUGGAAAAAACCUACGAGGCGUUCGGUCUCACGUGGCAUAUGCCGCGUGGGCCUAGCGCCUGGAGAUCAAUAAGGAUGGUCAACUAUUGGAACGAGUGUUGGCGAAUACUAUAGGGAUGAUGGAGAAUCUUGGCGUUCUGUCAUGUGGGGCCAGACUGACCGUAAAAAAUUUGCUUCCUUUGAGUUACGGGCAACUGCACGAGGAUUUUAUAUGGACCUUUCGGAUUGUUAGAAGCCGUACAUGUGUUCUACAGUCCGAGGACUUCUUUGAAUCAGCUGGUAAAUCCCGUUAAGAAACAGAAGAACUUGGCCCAUAUUGACGUCCGUCGGCACACAUUCUCAGAUAAUCGUUGGAGCCUAUAACGGACUGCCUGCUACGGCGGUGUUUUCCGACCAUGUCAGGAUAGUUAUUUUUGUGACUAUCAAGUUUACACUUUCUGAGCAAUUGAUCAGAAAAUACUUCGCAUCAAAUAAAGAUAGUGGCGGUGGCAACGGUUUGCGCCUGGCUCACAAAUACCAAGGUCUUUAUACUUCCCGAAGCAAUUACAAUGAAAAAUUAUUCUGCCGCUUUUUCGGAUAUGAACAGGAAUUCAAAGGAUGAAAGUCUUAAUCCCAAAAUAAAAUGACUUCGAGUGACCUAAAUAGUCAAGUAUUAGGGUCAAUUUUUCCCUGUUUACAAAAGCGGCUGUACUUGACACUCGGACCCCGAGACACCAGUAUUUAGGCCCGAUACGAAGAAAAUAUGCCCAAUUAUGACAGUUUCGAGUGGAUAAGCAACAAAUGGAAUGGUUAAAUUUCUUAGUGACCCUUAACAGCAACACCACACUGCCAUCGAGUUGUUUCCUUGUUUAUCUGCACUCGACUGCCGGUCUGGUCGGUGGCACGCCUCAUGUGCGUCAGUUGCGUGGAGCUCUGUUCCGGGCGUGGUCGAUCUCCUUGGGUGUCUUGCCGGCGGCUUGCGAUCGUCCUUUUACCCACGUUGGCAUGCAUGCGAUCUACUCCUGGAAGCCCCGGGUCUGUUGUAUUCCGUGGAGGCCGCAGGUAUGUGCCGUGAUGAUCGGAAUAAUUACGAAUCCGUGACUUACUCUCGUUCGACUGAGUCCUUACUGCUCUUAGCAUGCUUUCUUUCCCUUUCAGACUGUGCCGUGUACAGUUGGUGGUCCGACGCAGGCAUUCGCUUGGCGGUAAUGCCAGUGUAUCUUAGGACGUCGUGCGCAAUGCAUUCGGUGUUUUUCACGGAGGUUGAUGGUGUGUGGCUUCAGUAUCCGGACGCUCGGAAAAUCCUGACGACUUGGGCUCGAAGAGGUCCGCACAAGGGCCUGUUGGAUAGCAAUCCAGGCCAGAGCCACGACCGAGAUCACUUCCGUGAGUUCUGAUCUGAUGAUAACAUAAUUGCAUGACGGUUGUGUGAUUGCACAUCGCCCCUAUCUGAAUUCGGCCUAGAGUAAUCAUCCCUCUUUCACGUCUAGGUCGCCGACCUGAAGUCCAAGGCACCUUUCGACAGUCUCUACAGGUGAGCUUAUGAUGAUACUGUCCAGUUCUGCUAUUGAGCUGUAUGAUAACUCUUUCCAGCCUGAAAUUUCCCAUGCUCAACAGUUCUUCCAAAAUGACUUUUCAGACGAGAUGUCUGUCGGUGACCUCGCCCUGAGCGUUGACUCGAUAUCGCCCUUACUGGAAUCGGGUAGACUGGUUGAGGUGCGUAAGUGAUGCUUGCAUAGUUCACAUGACUACUUGAUUACGAUAUCUUACUGACAACGCCUGUAAAACACACCUAAGACUCUUUGCUCUUUUUUUUGUAGCCAUCUGAUGUAGCAGGAGGUAAGUGCCUUUAUGAUGCGUCCUACACCUCUUGAAUGAUUUGUGACUUCCAGCAUAUUUCUGAAUCAAAGUUACCAACGCUCUGUGUUUUCUUUUAGGCUUUCCGGUUAGUCGAGGGACGGGACGCCAUGUUCUCCUGUGUCAGUCACAUUAUCAAUAA